CAACUUAGGCCCUGCUGGGAGUAAGACAUUAGCCACCCACAGUCCUGGGCCUGCCUUUGCCUGCCAGGAGGAGACCCAGAACAGAUUCCCAGCUAAGAAGCAGGCUUCCCAGCCUUUACCCUGUGGGCCCAACGUGAAGAGCGUGAAGAGCGGCAUGCGGAGCCCCCUGGCUGGUCCUGUGUCUUUUGACCUACUGUUGACUGCUCCCAGGAGGCCCUGACGCCCUGGGGCACUUUUGCUCUGCACAGGACCUCGCUGGGGUUUGCCAUGGUGACAUAAAGGGGUGUAGAGGAAGGAAGGAGCAAGACCAGCCUGUAGACUGUGCCCCUGGCUGGGCGAAAGGGCCAGGGGCCCGGAACCUUCCCUCCACUGCCCUUGGACGCCUCACUUCCUAAGCCUCUGCGUCUCUCAGUCAGUAGACAACUUUUGGAACUCCUGUGUGAGGACUUCGGGGGACCAGGCCAGGCUGGGCCUCUGCUGAUUGAGAUCUCGGGGUCCAGAAUGCCUGCCCUGGCGUGCCUCCGGAGGCUGUGUCGGCACCUGUCCCCACAGGCUGUCCUGUUCCUGCUGUUCGUCUUCUGCCUGUUCAGCGUCUUUGUCUCUGCCUACUACCUGUAUGGUUGGAACCGGGGCCUCGAGCCCUCUGCAGAUGCUUCUGAGUCCGACUGUGGGGACCCGCCACCUGUCGCCCCGAGCCGUCUCCUGCCAAUCAAGCCCGUGCAGGCGGUCGCCCCUUCCCGAACAGACCCGCUGGUGCUGGUAUUUGUGGAGAGCCUUUAUUCACAGCUGGGCCAGGAGGUGGUGGCAAUCCUGGAAUCCAGUCGCUUCAAGUACCGGACAGAGAUUGCACCGGGCAAGGGGGACAUGCCCACACUCACGGACAAGGGCCGUGGCCGCUUCGCCCUCAUCAUCUAUGAGAACAUCCUCAAGUAUGUCAACCUUGACGCCUGGAACCGGGAGUUGCUGGACAAGUACUGUGUGGCCUACGGCGUGGGCAUCAUUGGAUUCUUCAAGGCCAAUGAGAACAGUCUGCUGAGUGCACAGCUCAAAGGCUUCCCUCUCUUCCUGCAUUCGAACCUGGGCUUGAAAGACUGCAGCAUCAACCCCAAGUCCCCACUGCUCUAUGUGACACGGCCCAGUGAGGUAGAGAAAGGUGUGCUGCCCGGAGAGGAUUGGACUGUGUUCCAGUCCAACCAUUCUACCUACGAACCUGUGCUUUUGGCCAAGACACGCUCCUCCGAGUCCAUCCCACACCUGGGUGCUGAUGCUGGCCUGCAUGCUGCGCUGCACGCUACUGUGGUUCAGGACCUGGGCCUCCACGACGGCAUCCAGCGUGUGCUGUUUGGCAACAACCUCAACUUUUGGCUGCAUAAGCUCGUCUUCGUGGAUGCUGUGGCCUUCCUCACAGGGAAGCGCCUCUCACUGCCUUUGGACCGAUAUAUCCUGGUAGACAUUGAUGACAUUUUUGUUGGCAAGGAGGGCACACGCAUGAAGGUAGAGGAUGUGAAGGCCCUGUUUGAUACACAGAAUGAACUUCGCACACAUAUCCCAAAUUUCACCUUCAACCUGGGCUACUCAGGGAAAUUCUUUCACACAGGUACGGAUGCUGAGGAUGCUGGCGACGAUCUGCUGCUGUCCUACGUGAAAGAGUUCUGGUGGUUCCCCCACAUGUGGAGCCACAUGCAACCCCACCUCUUCCACAACCAGUCUGUGUUGGCUGAGCAGAUGGCCCUGAACAAGAAGUUCGCUGUCGAGCAUGGCAUCCCCACAGAUAUGGGCUAUGCAGUGGCGCCCCACCACUCGGGUGUGUACCCUGUGCACGUGCAGCUGUAUGAGGCCUGGAAGCAAGUGUGGGGCAUCCGUGUGACCAGCACAGAGGAAUACCCGCAUCUGAAGCCUGCCCGGUACCGCCGCGGCUUCAUCCACAACGGCAUCAUGGUCCUCCCUCGGCAGACCUGUGGCCUCUUUACACACACCAUCUUCUACAACGAGUACCCUGGAGGCUCCAGUGAGCUGGACAAGAUCAUCAAUGGGGGCGAGCUCUUCCUCACCGUGCUCCUCAAUCCUAUCAGCAUCUUCAUGACACACUUAUCCAACUAUGGAAAUGACCGCCUGGGACUAUACACCUUCAAGCAUCUGGUGCGCUUCCUGCACUCCUGGACCAACCUGAGGCUGCAGACACUGCCCCCCGUGCAGCUGGCCCAGAAGUACUUCCAGAUCUUUUCUGAGGAGAAGGACCCGCUUUGGCAGGAUCCUUGUGAGGACAAACGCCACAAGGACAUUUGGUCUAAGGAGAAGACGUGUGACCGCUUCCCAAAGCUUCUCAUCAUUGGCCCCCAGAAAACAGGCACCACGGCCCUCUACCUGUUCCUGGGCAUGCACCCGGACCUCAGCAGCAACUACCCCAGCUCCGAGACCUUUGAGGAGAUCCAGUUUUUUAAUGGCCACAACUAUCACAAAGGCAUCGACUGGUACAUGGAGUUCUUCCCUAUUCCCUCCAACACCACCUCGGACUUCUACUUUGAGAAAAGUGCCAACUACUUUGAUUCAGAAGUGGCACCACGGCGAGCAGCUGCCCUAUUGCCCAAGGCCAAGAUUCUCAGCAUUCUCAUCAAUCCAGCCGACCGGGCUUAUUCCUGGUACCAGCACCAGCGAGCCCAUGAUGACCCAGUGGCCCUAAAGUACACCUUUCACGAGGUGAUCACAGCCGGUCCUGAUGCAUCCUCAAAGCUGCGUGCCCUCCAGAACCGGUGCCUGGUCCCAGGCUGGUAUGCCACUCACAUUGAACGCUGGCUCAGCGCCUUUCAUGCCAACCAGAUCCUGGUCCUGGAUGGCAAACUGCUGCGAACAGAACCUGCCAAAGUCAUGGACACGGUGCAGAAAUUCCUCGGGGUGACCAGCACCGUCGACUACCAUAAAACCUUGGCGUUUGAUCCAAAGAAAGGAUUUUGGUGCCAACUACUUGAAGGAGGAAAAACCAAGUGUCUGGGAAAAAGCAAGGGACGGAAAUAUCCAGAGAUGGACUUGGAUUCCCGAGCCUUCCUAAAGGAUUACUACCGGGACCACAACAUUGAGCUCUCUAAGCUGCUGUAUAAGAUGGGCCAGACACUGCCCACCUGGCUGCGGGAAGACCUCCAGAACACCAGGUAGCCUUGGCCACCACAGCCAGACACAACGCUUGUGUUCGCAGGGAUGUCCCGCCUCACACUGAGCCAGACUGACCUGCCGAGAAGGAUGCUGGGCCCAGCUGGCCAGAAGCGACAAGCAAUACUCUGCUGAGCCCCACGGGGGCCGGAAGCCCAGGCAGGUCUGCAAGCGCCUCAGAGCAUCCACCGCUGGAUGCGUGGCCUGUGGGACCUCUGUGGUACCGGAGGUCCAUUCCGUUCCUUUGCAGCCUCCCUGCCUGGGGAGAGCACUUCCUGUUGUUGGAAGGUCAUUUCCUGGUAGGAGGAGUCCUGGAGGCUCUCUCCUGUCCCUCACUGUGUCCUACCGCUCCUGUCCUGUCCUUUGUCACACCAUCCCCCUGCUCCCACAAGAUGUCCCCUCAGUAUUAGCUGCCAUAGUUCUCUGUCCUCCAGACAGUAAGGGAGAAGAGCGCAGCUGGGCCUUUCGCCCAACUAGGGACAAAGACUAGGCAUGUCCCUGAGGGUUUUGAGCCAGGCCCUGCAGGGUUUAGCUCGGCACCCAGAUGCACUCAUUAGAUUGAAUGUGAGGGUGGCCAUCUUGAGAGGACAUACGACUCUGUAUUUGGGUUAUUACUAUCUAUCACAUCUCAUCUCCCCUUUGGGAAAAGACUCUCUGGUCCCUAUUGUAUCCGCCUAGAGCUCAUGGUCUCUCUUAGGCCCUGGGCCACUGCCAUGCCACUGGGCCCAGAGACGUGGGCCUUGGCUCUGUCCUGCUCACCUGGAAGUGACAUGUGGUGUUUCCUGUGGUAAAGGCUGAGGCGAGUCAGGAGUCUGCCAGUGUUCAUACUCCCAUGUACAUAGAUUGUUUCACAGCCGCCGCCUCGGCCCAGCAGACAUGGCAGUCAGCAAGCAGUGCUGCCCGCUGCUUUGCCUAGCAACCUGUGGCCGAGGGUCCCCAGAGACCCCCUAACCUCCCAAAUACUAAGAAGCUAAAGUAUUUUAAUAUUUUGUGUUUUUUUUUUUUCUUGGUGCCAGAGUUUAUACCCUGGGUGCUGCGGUCGCACUGUGUUUUAUAUAUAUAUAUAUAUAUGAAAUGUGUAUAUAUAUAUAUAUAUUAUAUAUAUUUUUUGGUUGGGUUUGUUUUUAAUUCAGUCAUAUACAAUGAUGGCAAGCCCUAGCCUCAAAGAAUGUCAUAUCUUAAUGCUAGAGAAUGAGGUGGAAGGGAAGGUGAGUGUCUAUGAGCACCCAGGCCUCAGGGCGAAGUCUCGAAGGGUCUUUCUUCCCUCUUCUGCAGAGGGACCAGAGAUGCUAAGAUGGAAAGGAAGACCAGCUCUCUCUCCCCAAAUAGUAUGGCUUUACAAAGCCUAGUGGCCGUGGGGUGUUUGGGCCACAGGGAAAGGCUGGCCUGGGGUGGGAGACCUGGGGCCCUGAGCUGGCCUCUCCCUCCCCUGUCACAUGGUGCUAGGGGGUCUGCUUUGGAGUGGGAUGUCCACAGGGACCCACAGAACUGUUUCUGUCCCCCUUAACAAUGUGAAGUGACUGAGGUUGGAUUUCCUCUUCCUGCUACCCCAAGCCCCCACAUCCCUUCAACUGCCAGUCCAGUGUCCACCAGCCAUCCGUUCUGACAUCCUGGGCAUGCAAGGGUCCCAAGAUGGGCACAAAGUGGGUCCAGGCAUGGGAGGUGGCCUUCGUUAAUGUCACAGAGCUGUUGGAAGCAAUGCCAAGAGCUAAAUUCAGGCCCCUGAUUCUGAGCCCUGUGCUCUUCCAGUACCACACUGCCUCUGAGCCUGCCUUCAGGACCCUACUGUGUUCCAGGUUCCGUCUGUCCCUCAGUCACAUAGCUGUGGUCAUUCCAGGACAUGGGGACAAACCACUCUUUCCCAGCCAGGUGCCUUUGAGCCUUCCCUUCCAAGACCUGCACUUUUCCCGCUGUGUUCUCGUUUCCAGAGUCCAUCUAUCUUGCUAUCUGGGGCCGUCUUCAUCGUGAGCUGUUCCCUCCUGUGGUUCUCCGCUGUGGUGGAGAGUGUGGGGUGCUCAGAGGGACCGCGUGCAUGGUUUUGGUGUGCAGGGAGCCAUGGCACAUCAUGUUUCUCACUGGGGUCUUGGAACCUGUGGAUCCCAGUCCCUAUGUGAUAUGCUCAAAUGCCCUAUCAGCAAGCUAGAACCAGACUCAGGGUUAGGUCAGCAUGCAUGCCCUUAGCCACACUUCCCACCUUCUGUGAGGAUGGCUCCUAUACUCUGAAAGCUACUCAGACCCUGCGGGAGCUGAGUUAGGUGGUUGGAGUGGCCUUUAGAUAGCAUGCAGCUCUGUUAGUGUCUGUCUCUGGCCUCCAGUGAAAGCAAGAGGUUUGAGACCCUGGCAGAGCGGGGGAGUGGUUCUCUCUGUUCCAUUUCCCUCUAAGAUCUUGGAGACUGCUGCUGUGUCCCUUUCAGUGCUGGGCCUAGAUAGAGGAAGUAGAUGCGUUCGUUCAUCUUAGUAUCUCUUAACUACAAUGUCCACUGAUUGACUGGAAACGUUUGGAAAAACACAAAAACAAGUUGGAAGGAAAUUACUUCUGUUGUUCAGGCCACACCCCAUCCCUUCUUCAGUCUCUAUCAACAGCGUUUGCCUUAUGGGUGCAGCUCACCGGCAGCUGCCUCAUUCAUUCCAGGUUCUAGAGCUUUCUAUGGGGCAGGCACCUCGGCGAGCAUAAAGGAUGAGGACGGAGCUAAAAUGGACUUUCAAACCCUGACGUAUGAGCAGUGGGUGCUUGUGAGUCUGCUCAUUUCCAGAGGAGAAGUACUGGCCUGUCCCACCCCAGAGCCCCCCCAGGUGUGUUAGUGCAAGAGCAAGCUCAGAACCGUCUCACCAUUGGGCUGUGACUGCCAGCCACCCUUCAUCUAGACUGAAGGUUAGCAUUCGCCAGUUUGUUUUCUCUCUAUAUACUGUUUUACACGUGUGUGUGUGUGUUUUAAAAGUAAGUUGCAGUAUCAUGAGGCUGUUUAUCCCUAGUGUUGCCCUAAGGUAGGGCCUUCUACCAGACCAGCCAGUGCCACAGCCAAGACAGUAGCCCUGUUCCACUAACAGCCAUUGUCUAGUCUGUACCUAAAGUUGUCUCCCAACCCCCAUUAUACCCCAUUAUUUUAGUAUUGGAUCCAGCCAGGGCAAGAACAUUUUAUGUUAUUAAAAAGUUUCUUUGAAAGCUAAAAAGUUUUCCUUCUGCCCAUCUCAUUAAAAAAAAAAGUUUGGUUUUUGUUUGUUUGAGACAAGGUCUCAUUAUAUAGCCCUGGCUAGUCUGGAAUUUGUUAUGUAGACCAGGCUAACCUUGGAACUCAUAGAGAUCCACUUGACUCUCAAAAGCUGAGAUUAAAUGUCUGCACUUACCAGGCCCAGUUCAAAAUGGUAUUUUGUUUGUGUUUCUGAGACAUGGUCUCAUCAUGUAAAUCUGACUGUCCUGGAAAAGGUUAUGUGAACCAGGCUGGCUUUGAACUCAGAGAUCCAUCUGCCUCUGCUUCCUGAGUUCUGGGAUUAAAUGUGUGUGCCACUUCUCCCAUCCCCCAAAUGGUAUUCUUUUUAAGGCCAGAGGGUAUGUCAUCGUCUAGAAGUCCCACAUUCCAAAUCUGAUUGUUUCCUCCUGUCGCCCACACACUUUCAAGGGUCAUUUUCCUUGUGUGGAUGUGGCAUUUCCUCUUGCCUGUAGUGAUCCUCCUUCCACUGUCUCCCAAGUGAGGGCCAAACCAUCUUGGGGGAGGGGAAGGGGCUCCCCAAAGAGGCAGCAUCACAUUGGGUAGGGGUUGAGGGCUCUGGGGAGGGGGGUGGUCCUGCUGGACUGAUCCUGGAGGGCCAGGCUUGGCACAGCUUAGAGGAGCCCGGCUGUCCCAUGCUAACCACAGCAUUGGUCUUUCUCCAUCUCUUCCCUUUUCUGUCUUUGUUUUGGUUUCCCUGCUUCUGUUUGGUGGUCCUGAGGGUCUUCAUUCUCUAGAUGGUCAGUGUGCACUGGAGCAGAGAUGAGACCUCAAGCUAUGACAGGGAAGGCCUAGGAGAAAGGCGUCCUCUAGGCGGACCACUGGGUGCAGCGGACGGUCACGUGAUGGCGGUCACGUGAUGGCCUUCCUCCGUAAAUGAGAUGGAGGCUUCAGCAGGGGGUUUCACAUCCACUCGAGAGGCAGCUGUGCUGUGUGAUCUGAGGCUAGGAGUCUGUCCUCACCCCUCCCGCCCCCAGGCCUUCCAUGCAGUGCUGGGUUAGGGUUGUCUGGCUGUGCGCUUGAUAUCCUUACCAGCUCUGAGUAGCCGGGCAAGGACUGAGGGCCAGCGGGAAGGCCAGGGGAGACUCCCUGCAAUGUUUCACCUAAGAAGCUCCCUUCAACCUCUCCCUGGCCUGGAGGAGGAUCCCAGAUGAAAGGGUUUUCUAUGACUGAGUUAGCUUUUCUUAUGGGCAAGAGGGCUCUUUUUGUAAUUUGUGCAUGAAAUUCAUGUUAUUUCCUGGGGAGAGAAGAGGGCCAACUGAAUGGGUGGGGGGCACGUGUGGGAAGCAGGCAGAGGUUUCCUUCCCUGGAGGGGUGGGGAGGGCUCGCAGAGGGCAUGCUACCCAGCUCACCUGAAGAGGGCUCUUGAACCAGCCGUUUUGGGUUGUGUUAAAUGUGGGAACUUUCCUCCAUUAAUGUACAAUCUUGAACUAACUGCUAAUAAAAUGGGAUUCUGUUUGUA